UGAAAACACGAUAGUUGGACGCGUCGCAAGUGAACAUUCAUUAAAAAACAUGGCUAAUACCACAGGUUCAGGUACAAUGAAAGGCAUUGUUCCCAAGAAGAAAAUAAAAGGGGUUGAUUUCUGUGGAGGGCAAACGUACAGUUAUAUAAUCCGCUCUGAUCUCGGCUGCUACAUGCAGUCAAGUAAUUUUAAUAAAGGUUCAGACCUCACUAUUUUCAGUCUGCACCCCUCUUGCCAAAAUGGAGACCAUUAUUUUGCUGAUUGGAAUGACAAGUUUUACAUCAUUAAGGGUAACUCCUUUCGCAAGGUCACGGACCUGUCAACAGACAGCGAUGCUGAAGUUAUCAGUCUUGAUUCCAACUGCAAGGGUGGGGACUACUACUUAUCAGCCGGUGGCUGGUUUUACAUCAUCUUCCUAGAAAAAGGAACAUUUCGUCAGACAUCAGACCUUAAUAGAGAUACAUAUGGUGAAGAAAAAGCACUGAGGUUCACUUGGCACAAUGGUCUCUAUUACUGGGGCCAGUCAAAGAGCUUCUGCUUCCUCAGGCCAGUCUCAGAGUGGGGAGUUGAAUACAAUGAAGGCAACAGUUUAAUGGAAGACAGCUGUUACAAUACCUAUUCUGUUCACCCCACUGUUGUUAACUUCCUGCCUGGUGGGCUGUCGAUAACUAAAGGGCCAGCAUUUGGUAAGUGGGAGAAUAUCAAAAGUGCAAGUAAUGACAGUAAAACAGCAGUGACAUGGCACAAGUAAGUUAUUAAAAAAGUUGGAUGCAGUAAGGAGAAGGUAAGAGACAUCACACACAACUGGAAGUUCGGCAUGUCAGCCACGAUUGCAUCUGGAGUCCUUGAAGGGUUAAUUGCGAAGCGGCAGUUCUCAUUUUCUGCAGAAUAUGGAGGAUCACAGGUGAACACUGACAAAGAAAGCUGGAAUGAAGCCAUUGACGAAGAAGAACAACUUUCAUUUGAGCUGAAGCCAAAUGAGCGUUUAUAUCUGUGGCAGUACAACCUGGGUCUUGGUGAAGAAUCAGUGUUGUUCUGUCGUGAUUUGAAGAUGGAUGAUGAGCCAAACCCUCCAACUGAAGUCCCACUGCCACCUGCAAAACCAUGAGAACACAUCAGGUCUGUUUAACUCUGAAGAUAACCAAGUGCUUCAGUUAAACAACAUCUAGUCAGACACUAGGUGGUACUAUAAGAGCCUUUGCAUUGUGAUUCGUAAGGGCUACAAGCAAAAUCCUUUUUUCCUCUGAAUCCUGACACAUGCUCUAUAAAAUAAUUUAAUGUGUCUAUAAAAUUUUUCAGCCAUUUUGAAUCUUCCAAAAAUCUGCUUUUUCAAAAUUCUUUGUCUGAUUACUGCCAAACAUGACAUGCAUCAUCUUCUAGAGACACUCACUUAAAAAAAAAAAAAAAAAAAAAGAACACACCUUUUUUUUGUGUGGGUGUUAAUAGGGUGCGAUAUUUCUAAAGAAAACCUCUGAAGUAUAUUAAAUUCAAGUUUAUUUGUAUAACACUUUUUAUUGUACAAAUCGUUGCAAAGCAGCUUUACAGGAAAUUAAGUUUCUACAAUAUAUAAAUAUAUAAAUUUGGUAGUUCUGUAUGUUGUCCGAAUAUAUAACUGAUUUGUAAUUUACCACUUUCUAAUUCAUGAACUUUUCCCUGUUUGUCUGAAUAAGCUUGAACCCUGAUAAUUUCAAAUUACUGAGGCUAUAUUUUAAGUUUGUUUUUCACUUGGUUUCUGUGUAAAAUUCAGGUUUUGGGGUUUUUCGUGUAUCCAGUUUAAUUUAAUAAUCUACUAUGAGUAAUCUGCAUUAUAUAAUUUUUAAAAACCAAUGUGUCAUAAGAUUUUGUGUGUCUCUAAUGCGUUGUCCAGACAUGAAACAUGAUUCAGGAUCUAAAUGCAGAUAGUAGUUGAAUGACAAAGUCCAAAAUAGUAAUCCAAACAAGAACAGAAAUCCAGGAACAUGAAACAAUGGCAAGAACUGUAAACACAACAAUAACCGACAAGGGCAAACAACGGGGUAUAUGUACACAGACUAAUAAGGGGAAACAAGGAACACAUGGAUACAAUCAAGACAGUGAACCAAUGGUAACAAGACACAAGAGGGAACCACAAAGACCAAGACAAGGACUACAAAUCAAGACUUCAAAAUAAAAGACAUGUAAACAAAACACAAGACAGAUACAUAACAGUCGCAUUACAUUCUACUCUGUAUUUUAAUUUAUACCAUUUUGGUUUUUGCUUUUAAUGAAAUAUUUGAAAUAAAGUUGGGUUCUGCAUUUUAA